AUGGCAUCUACAUUAAUUAAUAUUGUUGCCAAUGCAGCUUCAACCACAUUGGCACCAUCAGUCAUUGGAAAGACCAAGGCCUUACUACUACCAAAUGGUAGAUACAUCAACAAAUGGAUGACAAUGUCAUUCACUGACAUACUCUUUGAAGGAUUGAAAUCACUUAAUAAGAGAGAAAAGAUUGAACCAUUGACAGAUGAUGAGAAGAUUAAUGUACAUCCGGUAUUACCAGUGGACUUUGAUCGUCUUCGACAACCGUUGGAGUCAAGUUCGAGUUUGAGAUGCACUUGGAUUGGCCAUGCAUCAUUCUUUGUACAGUUUGCUGGAGCAAACUUCCUAACAGACCCCGUGUUCUCAGCGCGUUGCUCACCAUUGUCAUUUAUUGGACCGAGACGAUAUCGCGACGCACCAUGCCAGGUCACUGAAUUGCCCAAGGCAGACUUUGUCGUGAUCAGUCACAGUCACUACGAUCACCUCGACAUCAACGUGGUCAAGGCACUGGGCAACAGCACUCAUUGGUUCGUGCCCAAGGGCCUCAAGCAAUGGUUCACAUCAUGUGGCGUCACGACCGUCACCGAGCUCGAAUGGUGGGAGGAGGCCGACUUUGGCGAGCACAUGCGCAUCACCUGCACACCUAGCCAUCACAACAGCAAUCGGGGCUUGCUGGAUCGCAACGUCACGCUCUGGUGCUCAUGGGUCGUCACGGACAAGCGCACCGACAAGAAGGUGUUCCACUCUGGCGACACUGCCUACUGCGACGUGUUCAAGGAGAUUGGACAUCACAUGGGCGGCAUCGACUUUGGCAUGAUCCCCAUCGGCGCCUACUCCCCGCGAUCAAUCAUGCGCGAGAUGCACGUCGACCCCGCCGAGGCAGUGAUGGUGCACCGCGACCUCGCCUCCAAGAAAUCAGUAGGCAUGCAUUGGGGCACGUUCGUCCUGACACAAGAGCCACUACUGGAGCCGCCUCGCAGGCUGAAAGAGGAGGCUGACAAGGCUGGCCUGGCCGAAGACGAGUUCACUGCCAUGAAGAUUGGCGAGACCAGGGACAUUGCCCUGUAG